UGAUUGGUCGCCAACGCCAUCGGUGAUGUUGAUCAAAGCACGCAUCGCUCGAGCUCCUGGCUUCUUACCGCGGAUGGCGAAGCCGGUGAGGUACGCGAACGUCAACUACGGAGGGAGACUGUAGCACUCCCCACCUCCCAGCACUCAGCUUCCGUUCCGAGUCCGCUGGCGCUCUACAACAUGAAAAUUCAGCACGAGGCAGGGCUCUACAAAGUAAAGCCCGACUUCUCCACACCGAGUGCGCCCGAUCUGAUUUGCCACUCUGGACCUGGAGCUGCGAAUACGAGUAGGACCUACGAUGUAAACCACGACGCAUUCGACUCCGCCGUGCGCUUUGAGAUGGACGGCGUCUGUAAAGCGCCCUGAGGCAAGUGCCCCUCUGAGUACGCGGACCGCACUUUAGUUGCGUGGGUGCUCAUCGGGGAGCGCAAUUGCGAGAUGGGGAACGAAGCACGAAAUUCCCCCGUCUUCGGAUACGGACAGUGGAGCGGUCAAGCGGGGGGGUGCCUACAUGGUGACCACAUCAUUACAUCCACCGAACGGCCGUCGACAUUUCGUGUUGGGCAUGUUUAGCAGGCAUUCGUUUGGAGACGGAGGCUGGGGCGUGAUUACGGUGCAAGAGGGCGAAACUCCCAACGACGAAUGGCAGCACGUCGCAAUCAGCUACGAUCAUGGCGCGUCGACUAAUAUCGCAUACACUGGCGGCAAAUUGGCGCAAAGCGGCAAGCCAGACGCGCCCCCAAAUACAAAAGUCGGCGAAGGAGGGCCCUUCGUUGUUGGUGGGAGUCCCCUUGUCUGCAUCGACAACGCCAACGGCCCCGGGGCGUGUUGCAAAGAUAGCCCUGAGACCGGUUGCCUCGAGUAUGAAGAGGGUGGCGGCAACUGCGACGCCUUUCUGUUAGGCGACAUCGCGCAGGUCGCAGUUUAUGACAAAGCGCUGACGGCUGAGCAGGUCUUGUUUCUUGCUACGUCCACGACGACUAUCUACGACGAAAAGCACUGCGACGAAAACCACGACCACUUCGUCCGCAAGCGUCUCAGAAAAAAGCGCCGUCGCCUCGUCCACGAUGUGCAGCGUGAAAGCGCGCGCGCGAAUCAUUUGCAUUACCCUUUUCACGCUAAGUGCGCUUUUCUCGUCAGCUUUUUCUGCGGGCCUCAGCGUCUAAGAAGGUGAGCCCAGCUUCUUUUUUCUUAGUGCUUGUCCGCGAAAAACGGCACGUCGAUCGAACCGACAAAAGACAUCAAUUGCAAAUGUAUACGACUCUUUCGGCGUGGCAAAUUCAUAGGGUUUAGGGUCAGCAUCAGUCGAAGCUGUGUCACUAUUGGGCGCGCUUUAGGAGAAAGCAUGUGCGAGAUGAUUACUAGACACUCGCAUAAGUCCAGCGCUCUGAUUACGAUUAGUUUGGACCUAAUUCAGUAAGAAAUAAACGCUGCCCAGGGUGUGAUCUUGAUUAGAAGCUAAAGUAGACUAGACUACUCUUUGAGUAUUUGUGCGGUUUUCCGCCGCCUUCUUCGCCUUUUUCGG